ACACCAGGACAGAGCAGUAUUAGUCAGUCAGCAGCUGGUUAGGAUAUAGUGAGUAACAGCUUCCCACUGUCUUGUUCUUCUUGCUCCCAGGACCUCAAGCACACAGAAGCAUGGGCAGACAGAAGCAGGCUCUGGCCUGGAUUUCUGAGAUGUUUUAUGUCCGGAACUUGCUGUUGAGGCAAGCUCUGGCAGAAUGUCUGGGGACCCUCAUUCUAGUGAUGUUUGGCUGUGGUUCUGUCGCUCAGCUAGUUCUCAGCGGUGGAUCUCAUGGACAGUUCCUGACUGUCAACUUCGCUUUCGGCUUUGCUGCGACCCUGGGUGUCCUGGUGUCUGGGCAGGUGUCAGGUGGGCAUCUGAACCCGGCUCUGACCUUUGCCGUCUGUCUGCUGGGGCGGGAGAGGUGGCUCAAGCUGCCAGUGUACUUCUUGGCGCAGACAGUGGGUGCCUUCCUGGGGGCAGGGGUCAUCUUCGGAAUGUACUUCGAUGCCUUGUGGAUGUUUGGGAAUAACGAGCUGUUAGUGACAGGAGAAAACUCUACUGCUGGGAUCUUUGCUACCUAUCCAUCUCAACACUUGACCCUGCUCAAUGGCUUCUUUGACCAGAUGAUCGGUACCGCUGCCCUGAUCGUGUGCCUCCUGGCCAUCGUGGACCCCUACAACAACCCGAUCCCCAGGGGUCUGGAGGCCUUUACUGUGGGCUUCGUCGUCUUGGUCAUAGGUCUGUCCAUGGGAUUCAACUCUGGCUACGCUGUCAACCCUGCCAGAGACUUUGGUCCUCGCCUCUUCACUGCCAUAGCCGGCUGGGGCUCAGAGGUCUUCACCAUUAAAGAUCACUGGUGGUGGGUGCCCAUCUUUGCCCCCUUCCUGGGGGCCUUCGUCGGCGUCAUGGUGUACCAGUUCAUGGUGGGCUUCCACACGGAGGGCGAGGCCAAAGACAACGCAAGGGAGGACAACGAAGAGAACAUCAAGCUGUCCAACAUCCACCCUAAACAGACAGCUUAAUCAGGCCCCCUCCUGUCUAGCACACACAGAACAUUCUGACCUCCAUACAUGUUGUGACUAACAGCACCCCAUGCUUUCAGAAGACUGCACACCGGUCUGUCAUUGUGGGGGCAUCUCCCUUGCAUUCCAGCUCAGAGAGGGGUAGGAGGAGGGGUGGAGGGACACACACACACAAUACCCUCUUCUCUACUGACGUUUCUUGGAUUAGAGUAGUCUGUAUCUAGUUUCUACAGCUUUUUACUUUUUUCUAGUAUUUUUGGUUUUGUCAGGUUUUACUUUAGACUUUUACUUAGUGAACAAACCUUGAAUCCUGUCUGGGCAGCACAUAGGCAGUGGGCCAACAUGGGGUGGAACUCGCAACUGUCUUUGUGUGAAGCACAGUGAAUAAAUUUAGUCUCGUCAGUGUGUGCAGUAGAGUGACAAUCUCUCCAUUACUUGGGGCAUCCUCCUGCCUUGUAGAAAAUCAAUACUGGUCGUGGGAAUGUGCAAGUCCACAGCACAGCUAUGCACACUGCUGCAAUUGUCUUAAUUACCCCUUCAUUUAAAAGGAUUUGAAAUGAGCCUGAAUUAAUGUACCUUGCUUUUAUGUUUAGCUUGCUUGGUUACUUUUUUCUAUUAGAUCCUUCAAACCACAUAUCAAUGAAAAUGGCCUUCAAGUGAUGUGUAUUUUGUACUGUGUGUGGAAAUGUUAAAGUUGGAACAUUGAAAACGUAGAGUUGAAACACAAAUUAUAUUAUGUAUUUUCUACCAAAGGUUGUAAAUGCAGCUAAUGUUUGAUUCAUUGGAAGUCUUUAUUUUUAAACUAAACCUAGGAAAAGGCUGCCUUUUGCUGCCUCUGCAUUCUGACAUUGAUUAAUUAUUUUUGCAUGUGUUUGUUUUGUUGUUUUAUAUCAUGGAGUUGUGCAGAGGAACAUAAUUUUGUAAAAUAUUCAGAUUGUUUUUCAACUUGAAGGGGCAUUUCAAAUGCACAUUUCUCUAUUGUCUUUUUGUAUCUCUUUGGUCUUGGUCAAUAAAGACCCUAUUAAAUACACAA